AUGUGUCUUUGGUGGCGUAACCGCGAGCCCAUCGAAAGCUCUUUCGACCCGCGUUUCGGCUCUGCUGCCAUUACGGCCCCAACCUCGGGAGCGUUCACCGAUCCCUCCACGGCCCCUCCUCUUACCGUCGCCAUCCACUCCGCCGGUACUGUCGACCAACCGCCCCCAUCACCACCCAUGUCCUCCAUAUCUCACCUCCCAAAAUUCCCCAACGCAAAGCCACCCUCUUUAAAUCUCGCCCGCUCAAAUAGAAGCAGCGACGCACCAUCUAUCCCACAACCGCUCACAUCGAAAUCUGCCCAGUCACACCAUUCCCACCACUCUCAUCACUCACUCUCCACCAGCACCCAAUUCUCCAGCUACAACUCCACGCCCUCAUCUCCAGCCUCCCAGCUCCAACCCUCCCCGCAAUGGCCCAAAACCUCCCCCGGCAUUGGACGGCCAACAAGCCCCGUCCCGGUCCACCAGGCCUACAUCCCCGCCGAUCAGCUCAGCAUAGGCAGCAAGUUGAGCCCAGGCUUCUCCGCCAGCAGCGCGCCAACACCCACCACGAACGGUCCACGGACAGGCAAUUCUGCCACAACCACUGUGACGAAUGGUUGGGGUAGCGCUCAACCCUCGCCGACAAACAUUAAAACAUCAUCCAUGCCACCUACUCCUGCGUCCUCCCCGCCCCUACCACAGCUACCAGAGGUGCAUGGCGAGUUCCCGCAGUUCCCACAGCCGGUACAGAGCAUAAUUCUGCCCCCGGUGGACCAACAGCAGCAGCAACAGCCUCGCCAGUCCAUGCAGCGACUCUUUGGCAUCCAGGGCACGCAGGCAUCCCAUCCGCAGAGCAAGACGAGGAUGAACAGGAUUACGCUUCCGAGUCUGAAGCUUGGGGCAGCGCCGAAGAGGAGGCCGGCGAAGACGUGGGAUGAGAGGUCGCCCGAAAGUGAUGUCGAGCAGUGGCCAGGGAGUAUGUAA